AUGUCCAAGUACCGGUUCAAGAAGCUGAAGACGAUAUGGCGCGAGAGAUGGGAAGCCGAACAAGAAGGCAACAAAGAGAACGUACCGCCCUUCGUCAUCAACGGCUCGCUCAAGUCGUCCGCUACGCGAUACGAAAAGGAGGCCGCUAGCCGCUAUUCAAGUCGAACCUACGUCACCACUACCGCUACCGCCAUCGCGUAA